AACGCCACCUAUAAUGGUGUUGUUUUCAACAUGGCAGCCUCCAUUCGGAACAUGCGAUUGUUCGCCAAUCUGAACCGUUUUCGUCAAUAUUCAUGGAAUAAUUCCUGUACAUUAGUUAAAUAUUACAAGUCCCCAACGUUUCAAGCAAGGAAUUUAUUCACACAAAGUUCUAUUACGAGGGCAUCCAGCCGAGUUUUGGGAAACUGCCAAAGUUUCUGUACAGCAAGUGCUAAGUCAGAAGAUUACCACAGCAUUAUUCAAGAUGAUGAGAAAGCAACAGGACCCGCUGCCAAGCAUGAAUUCCAGGCAGAAACACGCAUGCUAUUGGACAUUGUUGCAAAGUCACUAUACUCAGAAAGGGAAGUGUUUAUUCGUGAGCUUAUUUCAAAUGCAAAUGAUGCGAUGGAGAGAUUGAGAUAUCACCAUGUGACAGGAGUAAUCGGAUCAGACCUUGGAGCUCCACUAGAGAUUCACAUAGGCGCUGAUAAAGAUCACAGGACAUUAACAAUCCAGGAUACAGGGAUUGGAAUGACCGAAGAAGAAAUGGUUGAUAACUUGGGAACUAUUGCCAGAUCUGGAUCUAAGGGCUUUAUGCAAGAGCUGAAGGAGAAAGGUGAUGGAGUUGCAUCCAGCAUCAUUGGACAAUUUGGAGUUGGAUUCUAUGCAGCUUUCAUGGUGGCAGAAAAGGUUGAAGUCUUCUCAUUGUCACACAAGCCUGGCUCUAAGGGACUGCACUGGGUGUCUGACGGGUGUGGAACCUACGAGGUGGCAGAAGCGGAGGGUGUGAAGCGAGGCACCAAGAUUGUCGUCCAUCUGAAACCAGAUGCAAUCGAAUUUGCUGAUGUGGAUAAAGUCAAUGAGGUGAUAAAGAAGUACAGCAACUAUGUAAGUGCUCCAAUUUUCUUCAAUGGAAAAAGGAUCAACAGAACAGAGGCACUGUGGAUGAUGGAGCCCAAGGAUGUGUCGGACACGAUGCACGAGGAGUUUUACCGCUUCCUGACGGGCGCCUACGACCGGCCGCGCUACUGGCUGCAGUACAAGGCAGACGCACCGCUGAACAUACGCAGCGUGUUCUACAUCCCCGACACGAAACCGACGAUGCUCGACAUGGGGCGAGAAGGAAACGCCGGCGUCGCCCUCUACAGUCGCAAGGUGCUCAUCCAGGACAGUUCUGAGCAGAUCCUGCCCAAGUGGAUGCGGUUUGUAAAAGGUGUUGUUGACAGUGAGGAUAUUCCUUUGAAUCUGAGUAGGGAGCUUCUACAGAACAGUGCUCUGAUCAGCAAACUGAGGCUGGUGCUCACGAACAGACUAAUGCGAUUCUUCCAAGAGCAGGCGAAGAAAGAUCCAGAGAAGUACGACUUGUUGUAUAAAGACUUUGGUCUCUUCUUCCGUGAGGGAAUUCUCAUGACAGCUGACCAAGGAGAAAAGGAAGAAAUUGCGAAGCUGCUGAGGUUCGAGUCAUCUAAGAUGGCAGCCGGAGAAAAGGUAUGCUUGGAAGACUACGCAGGUCGAAUGGAAGCUGGCCAACGGGACAUAUUCUACUUGGCAGCCCCAAGCCGUGAGCUGGCGGAGACUUCUCCAUACUUCGACGCUGUGAAGGAGAAGGACUUUGAGGUGUUGUUCUGCUACGAGCCGUACGAUGAGCUGGUGCUAAUGCAGCUGCGACAAUUCGACCGUAAGAACCUAACAUCUGUUGAGAAGGAGAUGGUACAGGACAAGGAAAAAGAGGGAGACACCACCACGCAAGAUGACAACAGUCUGUCGGAUACAGACGUGAAAUCAUUAUGCACUUGGAUGAAGCAGAUGCUAGGAACGAAGGCUACUAACGUGAAGGUGACAAGGCGUUUGUCAAAUCACCCGUGCGUGGUGACUGUAGCUGAGAUGGGAGCGGCACGACACUUUGUGCGAACGGCAUUCCAGGGAAUUCCAGAGGACCAGCGUUACAGCAUCCUGCAGCCAACGCUGGAGAUCAAUCCAAGCCAUUCACUGAUUAAGAAGCUAAGCACUCUGAUGACAACCAAUGAGAAAUUAGGAAGGAUGGUUGCUGAACAAAUAUUCGAUAAUGCUAUGAUUGCUGCUGGACUCAUAGAAGAUCCCAGAGUGAUGAUCAACAGACUCAACGAUGUACUGACACUCGCCCUCGAAAAGCACUGAGAUCCAACCAAUCACAAGCUGUCGUGGUUGCCGUAGUGACGUCGCGAGUUACAGGCACUAGUUGCUUCGUGUUCUAGUUGCUAGUGCUUCGUGAGGGAUGUGGACCGAGCGUUGAGGCGUAACUGGCCCAGUAGUAGUGAUAAAUAGAUGCAAACGAUGCAAGUAUGUGACCGUCACAUUAUCACUGCUGUGUCACUGCCUCCUUGGUUAUACAGGGAUGAGGAUUUUUCUCGGAUUUGACAGCCCUGUGGUCGAUUUUGUGAAGCAUCUAAAUUCGAUGAGAAAAGUUUUGGGGAGGGGGGUAAGGUUAAGAAUGUAAAGUGUAUUUUAACUCUCUUCGGUAUAUUCAAUAAGAAUCUUCUGUCCAAAGCACUGUAUUCAUUUGUGUUUAUACAUGUUCUGUCGUAAUCCUAUAUAUUCGCGUGAUCCGACAAAACCCGUUGCGUGUGACCAUAACACUCAUUGUGGUACGAAACCACUGAGCUGUACGUAAUACGAAAUUGAUCACUAGCAGUUCUGCCGUUCUUAGCACGUUGACAUUAGCCAAUACAAGUAAUACAAGUAAACCUAUAGGCAAUCAGCAGUGAGCUUAUUUAGACGUUAGUUUAUAGCGGGUUCAGAAGGGAGACAAAGCAGCAAUAUUGGAAAUCGACAAGAGUGCAAAAAGCAAAUUCCGCUGUACCUGGCUAGAAAAAACUGUGACAUUAAAUGUCAGUCGGGAAGAAAGUGGAAGCAAUGACAGAGUCAGCGACCCCCACCCCACUUGUGAUUUUCUCUGAAAAGGUGUUUUGUACAGCUAUGAACGUAUCUUUCGUUAAAUCAAAGUAGUAAUAAAUGUCAACAUUUCAAGACGUGUUACUGGUAGGUAAACUAUUUGUAUAGUCCCUGUUUGAAUAGUUGAUAUCAAAGUGGUUUUUAGCUCAAUUCUAUUGGCUAUUGAAUGAAGAGGAAUAUAAUGCUAUAAUUUGUACAUGCUACAAUUUGUAUCAUGUCACUCAUUCUAAAAUAAACACUCGUAAAGAAUUGAUUCUUCGCUA